AUGGAGCCACCGACCGACGCUGUCUCCUCUUUGGAGAUCAAGCUCGAUGAGCCGGACGCAAGAACGGAUGAAUCCAAGGCUGCCGUCAGCAAGAAGGUGGCGAAGAAGGAGGCGGCCAAGGCGGAGAAGCAGCGUCGUCAGCAGGAGGCGGCGGCCGCCGCCGCCGCCGCGGCGGUCGCCGAUGAGGUGGAUCCUCUCGGUGCAAAUUACGGGGACGUUCCGCUCAUAGAGCUCCAGUCCAAGGCUGUGUCCGGGCGGACGUGGACCUCGAUCGGGCAGCUCGAGGCCGAGUUAAAGGACCAGAGCAUCCUUGUUAGAGGGCGGCUUCACACCAGCCGGGCCGUCAGCAAGAACAUGUCGUUCGUCGUGCUCAGGGAGAAGGGUUAUACGGUGCAGUGCAUCUUAUCGGUGAAGGCGGAUUUGGUAAGUAAGCAGAUGGUGAAAUUCGCCUCGGGGCUGAGCAGAGAGUCCAUUGUGGAUGUGGAGGGGAUAAUCACCGUACCGGAAAAUCCCAUAACGGGUGCGACGCAGCAGGUAAGAUUUCAGCAGCUCCUCUUGCCUCACUGGCUAGAAAUCCUUUUGUAGUAUGACAUUGUUCGUUGAAUUACGUUAUCGGCAUUGGGACAUCAUUUUUCCUAGGAAGUGAAGUAGUAGUCGUUUGAAGUAGCUGCGAAUGUAGUUAGGAGUUUGAAAUGGUUCUGAUGGCCAUUUGUCCGAGUACCUGCUGAUAGCCUCACAGGAAGUUCACAGAUGUUAAUCAUAUUUCAAAAGUAGCUUGAGUGCUUUUGAAAACUGCUUUCAAUUAUGUAAAAUGCAUAAAUGACACUCGGAAAUAUUAAUUUUAUCCUCUUCAACCUUGUUGAGUGUAUUUUUUGGUGUUCUGCUGGUGUACUCGGCACAUUACAUCGAUGCCAAUUUGCAUUCUCCUCUGAUUGUCUUCCUGCAGAAUGAUAAUGACGGGUAUUCGACCUUUUCUCAGAAAAAAAGGUUCCGGAUUGGGACUUUAUGUAGGAUGCUACAGAGUUUUUUUUUCGUCGGUUUUGCUCGUAACGUUUUCAUGCGGGAUGGUAUUCAUCCUUGUCGUUCACAAACAUGAACCCUGUUAUAUGCUAUGGAUAAUUUUAUGACUGUUAACCAUGUGUAUUUGGUCAUCACUCUCCCACGUAGGUCGAGAUUCCCACCUCUGAUAGUCAUAUCUCGAAGACCUUUGAAUGGAGAACGAAAUUGUUAUUGCUGAAGCUUAUAUUAUAUAACAAGGAGUCCCUUCUACGAUUACAUGUAUUUUGGAAAUCUUAUCUCCCAUGACAAGCUAGGAACAUGACGAUCAGGCUGGACUGUAGACAUUGUCUGUAAAAGAUCCUUGUCUAUAAGCGAUGCAUCAGUCUAUACCAAAAGUCAGACAUAAUUCAGGUGGUAAUAAACAUUUCGUUGGCAAAAAACCCAUUUAGUUCGUCACCAUUGAAAUUCCAUUGGAUAAUAUUGUUGAGAGUCCCAUUUCAAUUAUAGUAGCUAACAAGAAUUUCAUUAAUAUAUUUAGCACAUUUUAAGAUUUUAUGAAUAUAUUAUAAUCAAUUAUGUGUUUUAAUAAUUGUGAACAGUUCAAAAAAAAAAUUCUUCCUCAAUUUGAUGCAGUAUCAUGUGAAAUAUGGUCAGGUCCUUUAUUGGGCACUUUUGGGGUAAAAUACGUUGUGUGGUUAAUUAGGAUCACUCAAUCUAUUGUUGGUAUUUUUUUUAUCCCCUGUAGGUUGAAUUGCAAGUGAGAAAAAUUUAUUGCAUCAGCAGAGCACUGGCCAUCUUGCCAAUAAGUAUCGAGGAUGCUGCAAGAAGUGAAGCAGAGUUUGAGAGAGCUGAACAGGUAUGUACAGUAGGACAAUUGAGAAAGUUUUGCGAUCUCCUCUCCUAACGAUAACUAUCCAUCAUUUUUUUCUCAUUUUGAGGAAAUGGUCUUUUAACCCCUGGACUGCCAUCCACGUAAACAGGGCGUUAUUUUCCGAGUCUAAUUGCCUUCAUUUAUAACCUUGGAGAAGCAUUUAACAGAAAGUGUAUGUCUUGUUCACCAUUGUCAUUCCUGUAACCGUCUACUUUUUUGAUUUUUUUCAGACUGGAGAGAAACUAGUUCGUGUUGGACAGGAUACACGCCUCAACUACAGAGUUAUUGACAUUCGCACCCCUGCCAACCUGGGCAUCUUCCGCAUUCAGUGCCAAGUUUCAAAUGUGUGUAUUCCCUCUGAAAGUAUUUUCUUUACUCGUUACGAGCGUUUAUUGAUUCUUUUAUCCAUCACAUUUUCGGCAGAAAUUUAAGGAAUUUUUGCUAUCAGAGGAUUUUGUGGAAAUCCACACUCCAAAAUUGAUAGCAGGAUCAAGUGAAGGUGGUUCAGCUGUGUUCAAGCUGGAUUACAAAGGGCAGCCGGCAUGUUUGGCACAAUCGCCUCAGCUUUACAAGCAAAUGGCUAUAUGCGGUGACUUUGGACGGGUAUUUGAAGUCGGUCCUGUCUUCAGAGCUGAGGACUCCUAUACACAUAGGCAUUUGUGUGAGUUUACUGGGCUUGAUGUUGAAAUGGAAAUUAAGGAGCACUACUCUGAGGUGAGGACCGAAGGAAAUAUAUCGCUUUGCAUAAUGCUGCAUGGAAGUUGUACUUAUUGAUGCCGUGGAUGUUUUUUUUGUAGGUGAUGGAUAUUGUGGAUCGUCUAUUUGUUCAAUUGUUUGACCAUUUGAACCAGACUUGUAAGAAGGAGCUUGAAGCAAUAAGAAAACAGUAUCCAUUUGAACCUCUAAAGGCAAGCCUUCUAGACUGGAUUAUUGUAUUGAACUUACACAACGUUUGUGUGCCUAGUGUCACUUUUGAGGUGCUCGUCUGCUUCAACUCUCAUUGCGUUUUAUAUUUCUUGUCUCACAGUACCUGCCAAAGACUUUGCGGCUUACUUUCCAGGAGGGCAUUCAGAUGCUUCAGGUGCGCCAAUUUGGCUAUCUCCUCUGUGUCCAUUGUAAUCCCAUUUAUUUCUUAUUUCCGAGUGAAAAGGUCUAGUAUGAUCUUUUUGCGUGGGGGGGGCGAGGGCUCUUUUGUGGAUCUCCUGCAGGAACAUUUUGAUAAACAACUCUGUGGAUCUUGAAUGCAUCGUGCACUGAGUAGGAUGAAGUAAAUCUAGAAGAUCUUUUCCACAUACUCGGACAGUAUCCGCAUCAAUUUGGUUUGAAGGUGUUGUAAGGUUCUAUUGCUUCGAGUACAGCCUCCCAGAAUUCUUAUGAAGCAUUUGACCGUGUUUCUUGAGAUGCGUAAUGAUAGAAUGCCUUAGAACUGGAAUCCAGACAUUUCAUCCAGCAUUGUCAAUAAGGUCUUAUUUCUCCCCGUAUAGAUUUGUGCCAGUUCUCAGGAGUUUGGUGACGUUCUUUAUAAGCCCGUAAGUGCCUUGGUCCAAACUAUAAAAUUUUGGACAUAGUUCCAAGUAAGACAUAUCUUCAUUGGGGAAUUCACAACGGUCACGCUACCUUCGUUUCCUGCAAUCUUACCAGCUUCACAGAAAACUGGCCUUUUACAUGGUUUAUGCACAUUCGUCCGGUCUGUGGAAACAUUUUAGAUGCAGCUCUCUGCCUCCAAAUGCUGGAAUCAAGUUGACUUCCAAUGACUCGCUCUGCGAAAUCAUUUGAGAUCUGAAAUCAGAUUCUUGCCAAUGGCUAGCAUAUCCCAUCAGGGACGAUCAUGGAGUAUCACGUGAUAUUUCCGUUUUAUUGUUUUUUUUUAUAUUACGAAUACUUGAGCGCACAAUCGGCCCACAACUGUUUUGUAUUUACGAAUUUUUUUCCUUUUGGUCUUUGACGGUUCGUGCCUGACUUUGUUCUCUUAGGAAGCGGGAGUAGACAUUGACCCGCUUGGGGAUCUAAACACAGAAUCGGAGAGGAAAUUGGGCCAGCUUGUUCUACAGAAGUAGGUGUCACGUCAUCCCCUCCCUUUUUGUUCUAAUGCCAUGUAGACGAGAAGACUCACGGUUUCUACUGCCCGAUCUCUCGACGCAGGUACAACACAGAGUUUUAUAUACUCCACCGGUACCCCUUGGCAGUGAGGCCGUUCUACACCAUGCCGUGCUUCGACGAUCCGGCAUACAGUAACUCCUUCGACGUGUUCAUUCGAGGUGAGAAACAGAGCUCUCGUUCGUCGUUCGAAUUGCUCCCUCGGCGAGCAGUUCUUCGCUUCUUUUUUUUUUUGUUGGGAGUGUUGAAACCCACCCUGAUUUUUGUACAAGAACAUGCCCGGCGGCUGACUGUGUUUUUGGUCAUUUCCGAAGGUGAGGAGAUCAUCUCCGGGGCGCAGAGAGUCCAUGUGCCCGAUUUCCUGUCCACCCGGGCGGAGGCGUGCGGCAUCAGCGUCGGCACCAUAUCAUCCUACAUCGAUUCCUUCCGGUACGCCGCCAGAGCCUCUCAUCUCUUGCUCCUUCUCUUCUCGACUUGGAUUCUCAAUCAGGCCGUCGCGUGGGGGUGUCUUUCUCAAUUGGCUUCGGUUCCGCCCAGGUACGGAGCGCCGCCGCACGGGGGGUUCGGGGUGGGGCUAGAGAGGGUGGUGAUGCUGUUCUGCGCCCUGAACAACAUCCGCAAGACCUCCCUCUUCCCCCGCGACCCGCAGAGACUCACCCCCUGA